GGGACAAGCCCUAUGGGACACAUCCAGGACCUAGUAGACUAGCAGGUACGACUUGUCUUCUUUGUGUCCUCGUCUGGGCAGAAGGCAGUUACUCAAUGCCACAGAAGCUGCUGCUUUAGAUGACCAGGGAGCCGUUGAAUGAGAUGGAGAGCACAGUUGAGGCCCUCCAGUCCACACCCUAUGACUAUAGUUCAGCAGAGCCAUGUGAGAAAGUCAACAUCAAGGAGCUGGGGGCCCAGUUCCUACCUCCCCUUUACUCCCUGGUCUUCGGACUUGGUCUUCUGGGCAAUGUGGUUGUGGUGGUGAUCCUUACAAAAUACAGGAGGCUCGGCAUCAUGACCAACAUCUACCUGCUCAACUUGGCCAUUUCUGACUUGCUCUUCCUCAUCACACUACCAUUCUGGAUUCACUAUGUCAGGUGGAAGGAGUGGGUAUUUGGCCACUGUAUGUGCAAGUUCGUCUCAGGCCUUUACUACAUGGGCUUGUACAGUGAGAUCUUCUUCAUCAUCCUGCUGACCGUGGACAGGUACCUGGCCAUCGUCCACGCCGUGUUCGCCCUGCGGACCCGGACCGUCACUUUCGGCAUCAUCAGCAGCGCGUUCACCUGGCUCCUGGCCGUGCUAGUGGCUCUCCCUGAUUUUAUAUUCAACAAGGUCCAGGAGGAGUCUGGGGAGUCCACCUGCAGCCCCCACUACCCACUGGAUGAAGAAGACACCUGGAAGCGCAUACAUGCUCUGAGAAUGAACAUCCUCGGCCUUGUGCUGCCUCUGCUGCUCAUGGUGGUCUGCUACACUGGCAUCAUCAAGACCCUGCUGAGGUGCCCCAACCACAAAAAGUACAAGGCCAUCCGGCUCAUCUUUGUCAUCAUGGUGGUCUUCUUUAUUUUCUGGACCCCUUACAACCUGGUCCUCCUGUUCUCUGCCUACCAAGUGGUCUUCUUCGAAGGCGACUGCGAGCGGAACAAACAGCUGGACCUGGCCAUGCUGGUGACGCAGGUGAUCGCCUACAUGCACUGCUGCGUCAACCCAGUCAUCUACGCCUUCGUGGGCGAGCGCUUCCAGAAGUACCUGCGCCACUUCCUCCACACGCACGUGGCCGCCUACCUAGGCAAAUACAUCCCUUUCAUCCCCAUUGAGAAACUGGAGAGGGUCAGCUCUGUCUCGAGGUCGACAGGAGAGCAAGAACUCUCUGGCGUGUUUUAGGCUGGAGUCAGCAGACAGCUUCCAAGCAGAUUCUUGGGCAGGUGACUCAGAUCUACACUGGCCUCCACACAAGCCCUCGGAAUGUCCAGCUUAGGAAUGAUGAAGUCUAGAUGCCAUGUCCGCACUGUAUGCAUCUCAGACUCCCCCGCAGAGCUGGGCUGGGCAGAGCUCUUUUCUGUACCAUGGCAAAAGCAGUGCUUUGCUUCUUUCUCUCAGGAGUCAUUGGAUUCUAGUGCGCCUAGAGUCUUAGACAGACCCUAACUGCCGCUACAAGCAGGCAGAUAUUUUUAUGUUUUUGACUUUCACUGCAUCCUGCUAUUGACAUAAAUAAAACAGAUUAUGCAAGAUACAA